AACCUUUCUGUAAGCUUUACGAUAAGGAUCGAGGUUACAUUUCUUCAUGAUUUUAACGUUUGUGUUUUUGUCUCACAGCAGCAAAAGAACCUGGAAGGAUAUGUUGGCUUUGCAAGCCUCCCAAACCAAGUGUACAGGAAGUCUGUGAAGAGGGGCUUUGAGUUCACCCUGAUGGUCGUCGGUGAGUCAGGGUUGGGCAAAUCCACGUUGAUCAACUCUCUGUUCCUGACGGACUUAUAUUCUGCAGAGUAUCCUGGACCCUCACAUCGUAUUAAAAAGACCGUACAGGUUGAACAAUGUAAAGUUUUAGUAAAAGAAGGAGGCGUCCAGCUGCUUCUCACUAUAGUCGACACCCCCGGGUUCGGAGAUGCUGUCGAUAACAGCAACUGCUGGCAGCCGAUCAUCGACCACAUAGACAGCAAGUUUGAAGACUACCUGAACUCAGAGUCCCGGGUCAACAGACGACAGAUGCCGGACAGCCGGAUCCACUGCUGCCUGUACUUCAUCGCCCCCUCGGGACACGGGCUGAAGCCUUUGGACAUCGAGUUCAUGAAACGGUUGCAUGAGAAAGUCAACGUCAUCCCACUGAUCGCAAAAGCAGACACCCUCACCCCGGAGGAAUGCCAGCUCUUCAAGAAGCAGAUCAUGAGGGAAAUCCAAGAGCACAAGAUAAAGAUCUACGAGUUCCCUGAGACGGAUGACGAAGAGGAGAACAGGCUGGUGAAGAAGAUUAAGGACAAGUUGCCGCUGGCUGUAGUAGGAAGCAACACCAUCAUUGAGGUGAACAGCAAGAGGGUCCGAGGGAGACAGUAUCCCUGGGGAGUUGCAGAAGUUGAAAACAGUGACCACUGCGACUUCACCAUCCUCAGAGAUAUGCUCAUCAGGACUCACAUGCAGGACCUGAAAGACGUGACGAACAACGUCCAUUAUGAAAAUUACCGCAGCAGGAAGCUGGCUGCCGUAACCUACAACGGAGUGGACAACAACAGAGCUAAAGGUCAACUGUCCACAAAACUUGACACAGUUGAAGGAAUGAGUCCUCUGGCCCAGAUGGAGGAGGAGAGGCGAGAGCACGUGACUAAGAUGAAGAAGAUGGAGAUCGAGAUGGAGCAGGUGUUUGAAAUGAAAGUCAAGGAAAAAGUGCAGAAACUCAAAGACUCUGAAGCAGAGCUUCAGCGGCGUCACGAGCAGAUGAAGAAGAACCUGGAGGCCCAGCAUAAGGAGCUGGAGGAGAAGAGGCGUGUGUUUGAGGAUGAGAGAGCCAACUGGGAGACCAAUCAGCGCCUGGAGCAGCAGAAAAUGGAGGCCUCUAGGACUCUGGAGAAAAACAAAAAGAAAGGAAAGAUCUUUUAAGAGACAGUCGGCAGGACCACCCCAACUCAAGUUUUUUCUGUUUGCCAACGUUGCCGGUCAGGACGCCAGUGUGUGGCUCUGACAUCACCCCCCUCCUCUUUCCCCUCCUCCUCCCCUCUACCCCCUCUCCUCUCUCCCGGUCUCCGCUCUGUUUGCCAGCACAGCUGUGCUUCUGCUCCCCGCCACCAGAGGGAGCGCUGGAGCGAGUAAGCGAGGAGGUGGAGGGGGUCUCCUGAUCAGAACUGCCACCACAGAGCCCCCCCCCUCGCUGCCUCGGGACUCAUGUUCUCGACAGAAUGUGUUAAAUGUGCCGACAGACAUAAACACCCCGUUUUUAGAAAGGCCAAACCCACAUUAUUAUUUUAAUUAUUAUUAUUAUUAUUGAUGUUAUUAUUAUUAUUGUUAUUGUUGUUAUAACUGAAUACUGUCCCCCGCCCCCACCCCCCCCUUAUUUGCUGCUCUCUUCUUUCUCUCCCAAGGUCGCUUUUAAAGGACGGAUGUGUACAGUUUUCUGGAGAGUGGAAUUAACUCAUGAGUCGUGUGACUGUUGUACAAUCAAGUUCUGGUGAUUUGUAUUUGUUUACAGCAAAUUAUGAAAGUGACGGUAUAUAAUGUUUAACCUGCUCUUCUUCUUCUGUGGUGUGUUAAAGUGAGAGGAGGACAAGGCAUUAACUAAUCCUGUUUGUUUAGAGUGUAUCUGGUUAUAACCCGGCACGGCCUCAAAAUGAAAAAAGUGUCAACAGAAAAACCUGAACUUAAGAAAAACAAUAAGAAAAGCACCUUGGGCCUUUUUUCUAGAUUUCAACAAAUGGCUAAAGUUUCUUUUUUUUUUCUUCUUUCCUCCUCUGUGUUUAGCUUUCCCCCCACUAGCCUCGGACCACCAUUUAUAACGUCAUACGUGUUAUAUUUCACUUUAGUUUAUUUUUAUAUAUACCGAGCCAGCUGAAGGUUUUUUUUUUUUUUUUUGUAUGUUUAGAAACUUCCUGAGAGACUUAAGAGCAGCGUCCACUGAUGAGAAGAAGAAAAACAAACGUUCACAUUUCCGACAGUGACCUCGAACGCUUUAAAUAAUAAUAAUUAAAAAAAACACAGUGUUUCAAUCACUGCAGGAUCGGAUCAGUGGAAAAUGAAGAGUCAACACCGCAAUCUGCUUGGCUAUGUACUCCAUCUCUGUAUUUUUAAUUUUAUUUUUCAUUUGUAUUGUACAAAGUCACUUAAUAAACCUGUGAUGAUA